AUGAAAGGCUUUAUUUUAGUGGUUGUGAUUUCUCUGAUUCAUUAUAAAAAUGUUGCUGGACGUCCGGGGGCUCAUACUGCGAAUGCUCCUAGAAGGUGCGUCAAUCUCUGGGAUGAAGGUUGUAUGAACCGCCCCAUAAAUGGAGCUGGUAACGAUGACGAUUAUCUAAAUGGCGGCUUCAAUCCUGGGAAGCGCUGCGUGAACAUGUGGGACGAAGGCUGCAUCAACGGACAGUUGAACGGAGCUGGUAACGAUGACGACUUUUUGAACGGCGGCUUCAACCCUGGUAAACGCUGCGUGAAUAUGUGGGAUGAAGGCUGCAUCAACGGACAGAUCAACGGAGCCGGUAACGAUGACGAUUUUCUGAACGGCGGCUUUAACCCUGGGAAGCGCUGCGUGAACAUGUGGGACGAAGGCUGCAUCAACGGACAGUUGAACGGAGCAGGCAACGAUGACGACUUCCUAAAUGGCGGCUUCAACCCUGGAAAAAGAUCGAUUUUUGAAGCAUUCAAAUCUCUGAAGAAAGCUCACCCGAAAAAACAAUAA